AUGGACUUAUCCAUUACUAAAGACGCAACCACGAGAGGCCAGCAACCGGUCGACAAGCUCGACCGGUUCAUGUUUGCGAUACAUGAAAAUGCGACCAAGACAAAUGACUCGACGCCAGAAAGUCUUGAAAAUACGCAAAACUUGCCAACAAUGGAGAGAAGGCCAUCUCUUAUAUUAGGGCGGCUUUCAAAGGAAGACGAAGAACAUAGGGCGACUUUGUUGAUGAAGCUGCACAACGGGUCGGCUUCAAGCCAUCUACAGGCCUACUUUGAGGAAUUGAAAAAAGGUUCUCCUACGUGGGACAUCGACACCUUCAUCGAAGGUGCAAUACGUUUGGCCAACCUAGUCGGAUCUGACAGAGUCAGAUAUUAUGGCGAGACAUUGAAAGGGAUACAUUAUCCGAACCCGUUUACCGAAUUGUGGAACCAAAUAUAUCCUCAACAACCCAUCACCGUGUGGGAUCGCGAUAUCAGAUACCAAUGUCCUCCAAGCUGGUCCAAUGAUCUCAAAGAAUUUCGUCAUGUGUUAAGCUACCAGGGCGAAGCGCCUUUAAGCCAUGGCCUUAAUGAAUUGCUCCAAGGUCCGACUACACUUGACUGUGGCAUGUUCUGCCAACUUCUACUAUGGAUGGCAAUACGUUAUCUUAUAGGAGAUGGAUUGUUCAACGAGUUGUUCAAAUUUAAGAAGGGACAGUUUAUCCUAACGCAGAAUUGGGAUGAGCCUGUGAAUGAUGUUGGCACAAUCGGAAAUCUACUGUACCCCUUCUACGACCAUCCUCUUCAGGCUCCGGAAUCGCAAACUCGCAUUCACACCAAGACUGUUUUCAAUGAUGAAGCCUAUCUUGCUAAGCAUCCAGGGGGCGAGGGGCGCUUGCACAAUGUUAUACAAAUUGAUGGCUACAACAGCUACAAUAUUGUUUUCGACCCUGGCGCACCUCGCAACAUUCUAGCAGACGCUGAACUUGAAACAAGGUCCCUGCAAGCGUACAAUGCGCCCAGGAGUUUAGCUGACGAAGAAAGAUUGUGGUUCUACGCAAAUUUUCCAGACUUUGUACACCCUGAUUUUGCACCAAAGAAUUGGGGGGUCCUGGCCGAGGAGGCAAAAAAGUUUGCGGAUCAUAUCUUAACUGAAACUGAAUGGAAGGAUAGACGGUCCGACCGUGAGAAAAGAGCCCGUGGAAUGCAUCUGACAUUCAACUUCCAAAGACUGAUAAGCAGUAUUGAGGAAGCUCAAGUCGCAUAUUCCAAUGGAGAUGAUGUCCUAUCUAGAGCAGAAAAGGCAAAAGCGGCAGCUACUUCAAACACUAUUGAUAGAUUGCUUUCUAAGAUGAGAUAG